CCGGUUUGUGGCCCGUCACAUGUACAUUAUUGAUCGAAUGAUCGAUGGAGGGUUUGAACUGGCCUAGUUUUCUCGAAUUUUUAAAUGUAUUAUUGUGUGUUCUGCAUGCUACUCAUGCUCAGGAUGUAAUGGUAUGUGGUGGAUUUGUUAAAGCAGACGUAGAGAUCAAUUUUUCUCAAGUAGAGGUAAAACUUUAUACACCUCAGGGUAGCUUGAAGUAUUCCACAGACUGUGCCCCAAACAAUGGUUACUACUCCAUCCCUCUCUACGAUAAAGGGGAUUUUAUACUGAAGGUGGAGCCACCUGAUGGCUGGAGUUUUGAUCCAGCCCAAGUGGAAUUACAUAUAGAUGGAGCCACUGAUCCCUGCAGUAAAGGAGCAGACAUCAACUUUCAAUUCCAAGGUUUUGGUAUUGAGGGGCAGGUCAUUAGCAAAGGUACCACCCAGGGUCCAGCUGGGAUCCAGGUCUUCUUGAAGAAAGAGGGCGCUGCCGAGGUCCUUCAGAGCCAGAAGACGGGGCCAGACGGUGGCUACAAGUUCACCAAGGUUCUGCCAGGGAAUUAUGUGGUGGAAGCCAGUCAUCCUAAGUGGGAGUUUGAGAAGGCCAAGGUGGAGGUGACCGUUGGAAAUGCCAACACGAAGGUAGUCAACAACAUAGUGAUAGCAGGGUAUGACGUCCAUGGUCAGGUUUUGAGUGAAGGGGAACCAAUAAAGGGAGUAAAUUUUGUGCUCUUUUCCAAGACCAUAAAACAAAAGGAUGUCAACAAGUGUGAUAAGACGCCCAUUAAAGGUGUUGGUGUGCCAGAGGGGAGCAAACAGCUGUGUUUUGUGGUCUCUCAGCUGGAUGGAAAGUUUCUUUUCCCAAGCUUGCCCUCAGGCAGCUAUUCCCUGAUCCCAUACUACAAGGGAGAGAAGAUCAAGUUUGAUGUCCUCCCAGAGCUGAUAGAUGUCCAGGUGAACCACGGCACUGUCAACAUCAAGGAACCGUUUCAAGUGGCAGGGUUCUCAGUCACUGGCAGGGUCCUUGAGGCAGCACAGGGGUCUGGUGUGGCCAAUGCCCAGUUGUCUAUAGAUGGGAAGCGACUGGCAGUGACCAAUGCAGAAGGUAUCUACCAACUGGAGAACAUGAAGACAGGCACUUACAAGAUCAAGGUGGAGGCGAACAGGAUUUAUUUUGAUGAUGUGUCCAUGAAGAUCUCCCCAAACACGCCACAGUUGCCUGAUAUCAUUGCAUCAAAGUUCAGUCUGUGUGGGAGGGUAGUAAUAGACAACUACCCUCCGGGGCUGACCCGGCCAGACCACAGGAAGGUCAGUAUCAAGGGGGACAGCACGGUGAUUGGACUGUCCACGGACAAGGAGGGCCAGUUUUGUACCAAGGUUCAGCCAGGUGCACACGUGGUCAAGACCCUGGUGAGCAAGGAGGAGGAAGAGGCAGGUCUAAAACUGACCCCAGCAGAGAGGAUAGUCAAAGUAGUGGACAGGCCAGUGGACGACGUCACCUUUACGCAGUUCAGGGCCAAAAUAUCUGGCACAGUCACUUGCUUAGAGAAAUGUAAGAACAUUCACAUCUCCCUUAUUCCCAUUGCCAGAGAAGAUGAUGGAAUGGCAGCCAAGAUAAAAGAGGGAAGUAAAGGAGGCACGUUUACAUUAGAGAAUGUCCUUCCUGGGAAAUACAAAGCCAACCUUCUGAAUGACAUCUGGUGCUGGAAGUCCAAGGUGUUGGAUGUUGAAGUAACAGAUAAAGACGUCAUAGGAGUCGACUUCCAACAGACUGGAUACGUGAUUUCUGUGACCUCAUCUCAUGACCUUAAACUGGCUUAUACUAACCAAGACAAAAAGCUGGAUUAUCGUGGCACAUUUGAUGAUGUGGUGAAAGGUCUGAACAAGUUUUGUUUGGAAAAACCAGGUCUAUACAAACUGAAGCCAGAGUCGUGUCACCGCUUUGACAAGGAAGAAUACAGCUUUGAUACGGGGAAGCCAAUCCCACUCACACUGACUGCAACAAGCCAUAGAAUUGAUGGGUCUAUCAAAACAGAUAUACGCAUAAGAGAUAUAAUGCUGUCUAUCAAAACUGUUAAUAAAGAUGGUACAAAGGAAGAGACACGGGGACCAUUAAGAGGAAGCAAGGAUAAUAUUAAGAUGGAUGACCAGUUUAUGGUGGGACCUAUGUUUUAUGACUGGGACCACUGGGCCAAGACAGGGGAUACAGUGGUGUUCCAGCCGUCGUCCAAACAUAUCUUGUUUUACCCACAGAAAGCAGACAUUGUGGUACAGGGAGAUUCCUGCCCUAUAUCUGUGAAGUUUGAUGGCAAGGAAGGCGUAUUUAUCGAGGGGUUGGUGAGAGAGAAGUCAGGAGGACAGGAUGGUUUAGGAGGAGUCAUGAUCACUAUUACGCCCAAGAACAACAAGAAUGUUAAAGUCUCCAUCUUGACUUUUAAUGAUGGGUCUUUUGAACAUGGUCCCUUUCAUGGUAACACAGAGUAUGUGGUAGAACCCAGCAUGGAAGGUUAUAUAUUUGAGGAGGUCCACGAGAUGCUGCCGUAUCACUGGUUUGCCAUUAAGCUAGGCAAGGUCACAGUAAAGGUUGUCGGAGAGAAGGACGAGCCCCUCAAUGGCGUCCUCCUGUCGUUAAGUGGAGGUGACUUCCGCAGUAACAAUCUCACUGUGGAGAAUGGCACCAUGGUCUUCAGUAACCUGCACCCAGGUCAGUUUUUUCUCCGUCCAAUUAUGAAGGAAUAUAAAUUUGAGCCGGCGUCCCAAAUGAUAGAAGUAAGAGAAGGAAGUGAUGUUAAGAUCAACAUUAAGGGCUUCAGAGUAGCAUUUAGUUGCUAUGGGUCUGUGACGUCGCUGAAUGGAGAACCUGAACUGUCCAUCUUGGUGGAGGCCGUGAGUCUGGACGACUGUGCCAGCCACCAAGAAGAGUCCAAGACUGAGGCAGAUGGAAGCUACAGGAUACGGGGACUGCAGCCUAAAUGUAGCUACAAGCUCCAGCUAAGAGAUGACCCUGCUAACCAGCACAUCUCCAGAGCAGAGCCUAGGGAUAAAAUAAUAAAGGUGGAGGACAGCGAUUUAAAUAAUGUUAACAUAAUCGCAUUCCGUCGUUUGAACCAGAUGGACAUCAGUGGCAAUAUUAAGACAUCUAAAGAGCAUUUAUCUAGUCUAAAGGUGAAAUUGUUCAAAGAAGACAAUCCAGACUCUCCAAUUGGAAUAGUCAACUUAGGAACUUCAGUAUUUUUCUAUCUUCCUUCAGUAACUAUAGAUAAAGAGACUGCAUAUGUGAUACGACUAGAGUCCACAUUAGCUAGAUCCAUGUACGAGUACACCCUCCCAGAGGUCAAGUUCUAUGCAGACAGUAGCUACAGGCAUUUCACAUUUGAAUUUAAUCCCAAGAGAAAGAGUCUAGAACAGGAACUUAACCAGGGCUCUUUUCUUAUUCUGCCUUUAAUAAUUCUGGUGGCAACUUUGGCCUACUUUAGACAACAGUUAAUACCCUUAGCACAACAAGGCAUUCAGUCACUACAGAUGUCGGUACAAAAAGGGGGCAGCACUGGUGGUAAUGGUGUUGGUGCAGGAGGAGAUGCUGGGUCCAUAGAUCUUAUAACGCGAAAGAAACAGAAGGCACGGAAAAUAAAUUGACAUAUUCAAUAUAACAUUGAAUCAGAAUGAGACGUGGUGUAUUGAUGUGAUGUUCUUUUUUAUGUAAAUGUAUAAACCAUGAUGUAAAUAGAUUUGU